GCCGCCCCCCACUCUCCCGCCUGAGCGAACUCGGCCGCCGCGGACCGAGUGCGGGAGCCAUGCAGCGGGUCCUGUCAGGCGCGGCGGCGCGCGUCGCGACCCCCGAGGCCCGGUCCUGGGUCUGCAGGCGGCGCGGAGCCCACCAGCGGGCUGGUCCCGUGUCGCUCGGCCACGGCUGGGUCGGAGGCGGCUUGGGGCUGGGACUGGGGUUGGUGCUCGGGGCGAAGCUGGCGGGCGGGCUGAGGGGCGCCACCCCCGCAAUGCCCUCCGGGACCAGCGACCCGGAGCCGGCGCCUCCGGCCGAACCGCUGCUGGACCCGACCCUGUUCCCCACCGCGGGGCCUCCGCAGACCCCCGCGCUGCCCUGCGCCGGGCGCUUCGCCAGAGCCAUCGAGAGCAGCCGCGACCUGCUGCACAGAAUCAAGGAUGAGGUGGGCGCACCCGGCAUAGUGGUUGGAGUUUCUGUAGACGGAAGAGAAGUCUGGUCGGAAGGCCUAGGCUAUGCAGAUAUUGAGAACCGUGUGCCUUGUAAGCCAGAGACAGUCAUGAGAAUUGCCAGCAUCAGCAAAAGCCUUACCAUGGUUGCUCUUGCCAAACUGUGGGAAGCAGGGAAGCUGGAUCUUGAUACUCCUGUGCAACAUUAUGUUCCUGAAUUCCCAGAAAAAGAGUAUGAGGGUGAAAAGGUUUCUGUCACAACAAGAUUAUUGAUUUCCCAUUUAAGUGGAAUUCGUCAUUAUGAAAAGGACAUGAAAAAGGUGAAAGAAGAGAAGGCAUACAAAGCCUUGAUUAUGACCAGAGGGACACUGGCAUCUGACCAAGAAAAAGAAUUUAAAGAAAAAGGAAGCAAAAGUAAUGAAAAGGAAGACUUCGUGAAAGCCAAGACAGAGCCAGACAGUGAAGCCAGGGGCCGUCAUUCAAAACCGGGCAAGAAGAAAAACGAUUUUGAACAAGGCGAAUUAUAUUUGAAAGAAAAGUUUGAAAAUUCCAUUGAAUCCUUAAGAUUGUUUAAGAAUGAUCCAUUGUUCUUUAAGCCUGGUAGUCAGUUUCUGUAUUCAACUUUUGGCUACACCCUCCUGGCAGCCAUAGUGGAAAGAGCAUCAGGAUAUAAGUAUUUGGACUACAUGCAGAAAAUAUUCCAUGACUUGGAUAUGCUGACAACCGUACAGGAGGAAAACGAGCCUGUCAUUUACAACAGAGCAAGAUUUUAUGUUUACAAUAAAAAGAAACGCCUCGUGAACACACCGUAUGUGGAUAACUCCUAUAAAUGGGCUGGUGGUGGCUUUCUGUCAACAGUGGGUGAUCUUCUGAAAUUUGGAAAUGCAAUGCUGUACAGUUACCAAGCUGGGCUGUUUAAGAACUCACAUGAAGAUCUUUUACCUGGAUAUCUCAAGCCGGAAACCAUGGUUAUGAUGUGGACACCUGUCCCUAACACAGAAAUGUCUUGGGAUAAAGACGGUAAAUAUGCAAUGGCAUGGGGGGUGGUGGAAAAGAAGCAGACGCAUGGUUCUUGUAGGAAGCAGCGGCAUUAUGCUUCCCAUACUGGGGGUGCGGUGGGUGCCAGUAGUGUCCUGCUGGUCCUUCCUGAAGAACUGGAUGCAGAGGCCAUAAAUAACAAGGUUCCCCCAAGAGGAGUGAUUGUUUCUAUUAUCUGCAACAUGCAGUCUGUUGGCCUCAACAGCACCGCUUUAAAGAUUGCCCUGGAAUUUGAUAAAGACAGGUCAGACUAACAUCUGACACAGUAAACACUUUGAAAUAUUAUACUUCCAAAAUAAUUGAGCUCUUUAAGAAUGAAUUUACAAUAGAGUAUAAUGAAUGCAGAAAAUUAUGUACCUCUACUUGCUUAAUUUUGUAACUGUCUUUUGUUGUAGAAUUGGUUCUUUAUACUCAGGGAGGUUGCUCUUGUUUCUACUUUUUGGAAAAAGUGUUAAUUCUUGAAAUAAAAUAUUCUGAUAAAAA